GUUCGGGGCUCCCUCGGCCAUUCCCGGAUCGGCUCCCGCAGCUCCCGGACACUCCCGAACCUCUCCGGACACUCCCGAACCUCUCCGAACCCUUCCGAACCUCUCCGAACCUUUCCGAACCUCUCCGGACACUCCCGAACCUUUCCGGACACUCCCGAACCUCUCCGGAAACUCCCGAACACUCCCGAACCUCUCCGGACACUUCCGGAUACUCCCGAACACUCCCGAACCUCUCCGGACACUCGUGCCACCAGCCCCGUCAGGAUGUCCCCGCCCGUGCCCGCCCUCACCCCUGAGCAGAAGAAGGAGCUGGCGGCCAUCGCCCAGCGCAUCGUGGCACCCGGCAAGGGCAUCCUGGCUGCCGAUGAGUCCACUGGCAGCAUCGCCAAGCGGCUGAGCUCGGUGGGCGCCGAGAACACGGAGGAGAACCGGCGCUGGUACCGGCAGCUGCUGUUCACGGCCGACAAGCGCGUGGAGCCGUGCAUCGGCGGCGUCAUCCUGUUCCACGAGACCAUGUACCAGAAAGCCGACGACGGGCGCCCCUUCCCGCAGGUCAUCCGCGACAAGGGCGCCCUGGUGGGCAUCAAGGUGGACAAGGGCGUGGUGCCCCUGGCUGGCACCAACGGCGAGACCACGACCCAGGGGCUGGACGGGCUCAUGGAGCGCUGUGCCCAGUACAAGAAGGACGGCGCUGACUUUGCCAAGUGGCGCUGCGUGCUGAAGAUCACGCCGCACACGCCCACGCGCCUCGCCGUCAUGGAGAACGCCAACGUCCUGGCGCGCUACGCCAGCAUCUGCCAGCAGAACGGCAUCGUCCCCAUCGUGGAGCCCGAGAUCCUCCCGGACGGUGACCACGACCUCAAGACGUGCCAGUACGUCACCGAGAAGGUGCUGGCAGCCGUGUACAAGGCCCUCAGUGACCACCACGUGUACCUGGAGGGGACAUUGCUGAAGCCCAACAUGGUGACAGCCGGACACGCCUGUGCCACCAAGUACAGCCCCGAGGAGAUCGCCAUGGCAACGGUGACAGCGCUGCGCAGGACAGUGCCACCCGCCGUGCCAGGGAUCACCUUCCUGUCGGGGGGUCAGAGCGAGGAGGAGGCCUCCAUCAACCUCAACGCCAUCAAUCGCUGUCCCCUGCCCCGGCCCUGGGCCCUGACCUUCUCCUACGGCCGCGCCCUCCAGGCCUCGGCCCUCAAGGCCUGGGGUGGCAAGAAGGACAACACCAAGGCGGCCCAGGAGGAGUACGUGAAGAGAGCCCUGGCCAACUCCCUGGCGUGCCAGGGUAAGUACACCCCCAGUGGCACCGCGGGGGCGGCGGCCAGCGAGUCCCUGUUCGUGUCCAACCACGCCUACUGAGGCCACGCCCCCGAGACCACGCCCCCGAGACCGCGCCCGCCGGAACCGCGCCUGCCGGAACCGCGCCCAUUGAAACCACGCCUGCCGGAACCACGCCCACUGAAACCACGCCUACUGAAACCACGCCCACUGAAACCGCGCCUACUGAUCACCCAUGGACACCGAUGGACACCACUGACCAUCCAAGGACACCACUGACCACCCAUGGACACCACUGACCAUCCAUGGACACCACUGACCAUCACUGACCAUCACUGACCAGCCAUGGACACCACUGACCAUCACUGACCAGCCAUGGACACCACUGACCAGCCAUGGACACCACUGACCAUGCAUGGACACCACUGACCAUGCAUGGACACCACUGACCAUCACUGACCAUCCAUGGACACCACUGACCAUCACUGACCAUCACUGACCAUGCAUGGACACCACUGACCAUCACUGACCAUCCUUGGACACCACUGACCAUCACUGACCAGCCAUGGACACCAAUGGACACCACUGACCAUCACUGACCAUCCAUAGACACCACUGACCAUCACUGACCAUCACUG